AUGAUUACAAGUAUAGCUAUGACCAUUGGUAUACUAGUAGUUUGCUUUACUGCAUCAAAAUCACCAGUUCCAAAAUGUGAACUUAAUUUUAAAGCAACGAUCCGAAAUCCAAUUGACUAUAAGUAUGAUCCACGAUCUGUCGCCAUGGGCGACUUUAACAACGACACUUGGUUAGAUAUUGUCGUUACCAAUUAUGCUGCUGACAAUAUAGCUAUAUAUUUCGGAUAUGGCAAUGGCACUGUAACAAGUCCAGUCAAAGACGGCCAAGUAGAUAUAGCUGUGGCCAAUUAUGGUACUAAAAAUCUUGUUACGUUUCUGGGAAGUGAGAAUGGAACACUUGAAAAUCAAGCAAGUUACGGUGUAAAUUUCGAUUACGCUCCAUUGAUGAUCGGCGCUGGUAGUUUCAACAAAGAUGGACAUUCUGAAAUUUUUGUCGCAUAUGAUGACAUCGAUCAUAUAGAUGUACUUGUCACAUAUAAUCUCGGGUCUUUCGAUCAUCAAAUGAGAUAUUCAACUGGCACUUGGCCAAGGUCCGUAGCUGUUGGCGAUUUUAAUAACGACACCCAUCUGGACAUCGUCGUCGCUAAUCGGGGUAACCAGACUGUAAGUGUCCUUCUUGGUUAUGGAAAUGGCUCUUUUGCAAAACAAAGUAAAUAUUCAACUGGCUCUUCACCAUACUCUGUAGCAAUUGGUGAUUUUAAUAACGACACCCAUCUGGAUAUCGUUGUCGCUAAUUCGGGUGAUAACACUAUAAGUGUGCUUCUUGGAUAUGGAAAUGGCUCUUUUGCAAAUCAAAUGACAUAUCCAACUGGCAGUUCCCCACGGUCUGUAGCUAUUAGUGAUUUUAACAAUGACACUCAUCUGGAUAUUGUCGUUGCUAAUGCGAAUGACAACACUACAAGUAUACUUCUCGGAUACGGCAAUGGCUUAUUUGCAAAUCAAAUGACCUAUUCAACUGGCUAUAGUCCUUCAUCUGUAGCAAUUGGUGAUUUCAAUAAUGACAUCCAUCUGGAUAUCGUCGUCGCUAAUUAUGGUGACAACACUAUAAGCGUGCUUAUCGGAUAUGGUAAUGGCUCGUUUGCAAAUCAAACGACAUAUCCAACUGGCUCUUCGCCAUUAUCUGUGGCUGUUGGUGACUUCAACAACGACAUUUAUCUAGAUAUCGUCGUCGCUAAUCAUGGUAACCAGACUGUAAGUGUCCAUCUUGGUUAUGGAAAUGGCUCUUUUGCAAAUCAAAUGAAAUAUUCAACUGGUUCUGGACCAAUAUCUGUAGCUGUUGGUGAUUUUAAUAACGACACUUAUCUGGAUAUCGUUGUCGCUAAUUGGAAUGACAACACUAUGAGUGUCCUUCUCGGAUAUGGCAAUGGUUUAUUUGCAAAUCAAAUGACCUAUUCAACUGGCUAUAGUCCUUCAUCUGUAGCAAUUGGUGAUUUUAAUAAUGACACCCGACUAGAUAUAGUCGUCGCUAAUACUAAUGGAUACAAUAUUACUGUAUAUCUUGGAUAUCCCAAGGAAGGUUUUCUAAAUCAAAUGCAGCUUAUAACUGGCAACGGAUCUCGGCCUAAGUCAUUUGCCAUUGGAGAUUUUAACAAUGAUGGUCAAAUAGAUAUAGCAGUGGCGAAUUCAGGCACUUACAAUGUCGGUAUUUUUCUGAGAUAUGGCAAUGGUUCUUUCGCAAAUCAAAUAACAUAUUCAACUGAUUCUUCUCCAUGGGCGGUAGCUACUGGUGAUUUCAACAACGACACGAUACUUGAUAUCGUUGUCGUGAAUCAUGGCAAUGACAAUGUUGGUGUAUUUCUUGGAUGGGAUAAAGAUAAUCUUUAUUUUUUAAAAUAA